AUCCAUUGAAGAGCUGCCUCGCGCUGGGGGUGUGCGAGGGUAGAGUCCUAGGGACUGUGAGCAAACCGACUCUUGGAUAAUCCGGUGGGGAAAGACGCUCCGGUAGAUUUGAGGUACAGCCUUAGAGGGAGGGAUUAGCAGCCGUUUGACUCCCCCCCCUUCCCUUUUCUGCUUUCGUAGCGCGGAGUCCGAAUUAAUUGGAUUUCAUUCACCGGGGAGGAACAAAACUGGGCAGCUUCAUUCAGAGAUUCACUGACACCGAGCGCCAGCAGCUGCGGCUGGGUGCAGAGCAAACCGCCGGCUUGACUUCUGAAUCACCUUCCCCGACCACUAACCUCGGUUUGGGAAAAACGAAGCGAGAUUAAAAUUCGCUCCAAGAGCAGCGGCUUCGUGCGGCGCGCUCGGCCUAUGCCUGCCCCCAGGGGCAACUGCUAGGCACGCCGCCUUCUCCUGCAGCUCGACCCCCAUGAUAGAUACGCUCAGACCCGCGCCCUUCGCGUCGGAAAUGGCGAUCAGCAAGACGGUGGCUUGGCUCAACGAGCAGCUGGAGCUGGGUAACGAGCGGCUGCUGCUGAUGGACUGCCGGCCGCAGGAACUGUACGAGUCGUCGCACAUCGAGUCGGCCAUCAACGUGGCCAUCCCGGGCAUCAUGCUGCGGCGCUUGCAGAAGGGCAACCUGUCGGUGCGCGCGCUCUUCACGCGCAGCGAGGACCGGGACCGCUUCACCCGCCGUUGCGGCACCGACACAGUGGUGCUUUACGACGAGAGCAGCAGCGACUGGAACGAGAACACGGGCGGCGAGUCGGUGCUCGGGCUCCUGCUCAAGAAGCUCAAGGACGAGGGCUGCCGGGCGUUCUACCUGGAAGGUGGCUUCAGUAAGUUCCAAGCCGAGUUCGCCCUGCACUGUGAGACCAAUCUUGACGGCUCGUGUAGCAGCAGUUCACCGCCUUUGCCGGUGUUAGGGCUCGGGGGCCUGCGGAUUAGCUCCGACUCUUCCUCGGACAUUGAAUCUGACCUCGAUCGAGACCCCAAUAGUGCAACGGACUCGGAUGGCAGCCCACUGUCCAACAGCCAGCCCUCCUUCCCCGUGGAGAUACUGCCCUUCCUCUACUUGGGCUGUGCCAAGGACUCCACCAACUUGGAUGUGUUGGAGGAGUUUGGCAUCAAGUACAUCCUGAAUGUCACCCCCAAUUUACCCAAUCUCUUUGAGAACGCAGGAGAGUUUAAAUACAAGCAAAUCCCCAUCUCGGAUCACUGGAGCCAGAACUUGUCCCAGUUUUUUCCUGAGGCCAUUUCUUUCAUAGAUGAAGCCCGGGGCAAAAACUGUGGUGUCUUGGUACAUUGCCUGGCUGGCAUCAGCCGCUCCGUCACCGUGACUGUAGCUUACCUGAUGCAGAAGCUCAACCUGUCCAUGAAUGAUGCCUAUGACAUUGUCAAGAUGAAGAAAUCCAAUAUCUCCCCUAACUUCAACUUCAUGGGCCAGCUGCUGGACUUUGAGCGGACCCUGGGCCUCAGCAGUCCCUGUGACAACAGGGUGCCAGCGCAGCAACUCUAUUUUACCACCCCCUCCAACCAGAAUGUCUACCAGGUGGACUCGCUGCAAUCCACGUGAAAGGCCCUAGGCCCUUUGUUGCUGAGAUGUGCAUUUCUU